AUGCCGGCCCCGGAGGAGUCGGAGGAGCGCAUGCGUCGCCUGCGCUCAAACGCCAUCGAUGCGUGGGAGCAGAGGCUGGAGCACCCCACCCCGCUACUUUCCGCGCCGAGAUAUUGCCGCAUAGACGUGCCGCUCGUGCUGGGCCCCGGCUGCGGUUCGUCGUCCGGGGAAAGUGGUGGUUCGUCGUGGACGUGCAUCGCGGCCGGAGGGGUGGCGGCGCUGUCCAUUGGUUGCGCAGGGGUCGGGCCCCGCCUGGGAAUCUUUUCCUCCCGAUCUGAAUCGUCGGGGGAAGUGCGAGGUAUAGCGCUCUUCGGCGGGCGCGGUUACAACGGAGUGGUGGUGAUGAGCCUGGCGUGUAAUCGCGCCGACUCAUCAGCCGCGGUCGCAACGCGCUCCGCCUGGCGC